AUGUUGGGUUUUGUUUGGUUGUUUUUUAAUAUAUUGGCAAUAUUAAUGUGCAGAGGUGACCAAAGCAACAAGAUGUUGCCACCAGUUCUUAUAAUUUCAAUAAGUAUUGUAGUUAUUGAAGUUCUUGUUGGAUUUAUUGGGAAUGGAUUUAUUACAGCUGUUAAUAUCAUUAACUGGAUCAAAAGCAAAAAAAUUUCUUCUGCUGAUAUGAUCCUGAUCUUUCUGAGCACAUCAAGAUUUAUCUUACAGGUGACCAUACUGAUGCACAUUCAUAGUCUCUACUUUGCAAAUGUGUUUAAGCUGGCUUCUGUGUACAAAGCUUUUGGCGCUGUUUGGAUGUUUGUAAACCAUGCCAGUUUGUGGUUCAGUACCUGGCUCUAUGUACUAUACUGUGUAAAGAUAAUCAAUGUCACCCAAUGGCUGUUGCUGCAAAUCAAGCUUGGAAUAGCUGGGAUGGUCCCAUGGCUUCUUCUGGGAUCACUGGUGAUCUCUUCUGUGACUUCUCUUCCUUUACUAUGGAUUACAUCCAGCACUUACCUCUGCAGCUCAACAGGGAACUGCAGAGAAAAUAGAACAGCACAUAGUACUGACUGGGAUAGUUCAGAUCUCUACCUGCUGCUUCUUUACUUCGUAGGUUGCUUUUUUCCUCUAGUACUAUCUGUGGUAACCUCAGCUCUAUUAAUUAUUUCUCUAUGGAAACACACAAAGAAGAUGCAAAGUUAUGUAGAUACUUUCAGGGAUCCUUUGAUACAUGUUCACUUAACUGCCAUUAAAUCCAUUAUUUCUUUCUUGAUCCUGUAUCUUUCCAGUUUUGCAGCUCAAAUUUUGUUGAUACUGUCUACUUCUGAAAGUAAAGAUGAUGUGAAAGUUGCAAUAUCCUUAGUCGUAGCUGGGGCAUAUCCUUCUAUACACUCUGUUAUCCUGAUCAUAGUCAAUUCAAAACUGAAAUUGGCAUUUAGGAUACUUUGCCAGCAUUUUAAGUGCCAUUUGGAAAAUAUGAACCUAAGCCCCGUGUUAUAG